GUUUACGAGCGUUAUUUGACACAUUGUUUACCCGCAGAACUUGAACAGGAUGUAUUUUCGUUUGGCUUUUUCGAAGCUUUCAGUAAUCCGAAACUGCAUUCAUACAUCCAGAGGGAUAAGGUUCCCCGUACAGCUGAAAAUGCCGUCUUUGUCACCCACUAUGAACGAGGGAAGUAUUGUAAAUUGGCUUAAAAAAGAAGGCGACGAAGUUCUUGCUGGGGACGCAUUGUGCGAAGUUCAGACGGAUAAAGCUGUGAUGACGUUUGAGUCGGAUGAGGAUGGUAUUCUCGCUAAAAUAUUGGUAUCUGCGGGUUCACCGAAUGUCACCGUUGGUAGUACAAUUGCCAUUUUAGCUAGUGCCGAUGAAAACUGGCAAGAAAUAGCUGCUAAUGCUUCUGCUUCUGCUGCUGCUACUACUCCAAAAGCAGCAUUGCCUCAGCAAACACAGUCCAGUAGUUCACCUGUUCAAGCCUCCGAGAUACCAACCACUCAAUCACCUCGAUCAACAUCUAUGGGACCUGCAGUCCGACUUCUUCUACAGUCGCACAGUUUAGAUGGAUCACAGAUACCGUCAACUGGACCUCAUGGUCGUCUAUUGAAAGGAGAUGUGUUAUCUUAUGUGGCUAACAAUAAGAUGAAACCUGCAGAACCUAUCCAAGGGAAAUUAUCUCAACAGACAAGUGUAGGUGGUAUUGGUGUCGCUGUUGGUGCUGUUCAGUCUGCCUCAUUUACUGAUAUACCUUUAACAAAUAUGCGUAAAGUGAUAGCUCAACGUCUCACUGAAUCGAAAUCCUCUAUUCCACAUGAAUAUAUUCGUACUAUUGCUUGUUUGGAUAAUUUGAAUGAGUUACGAAGAAAAAUUAAAACGGAUUUUGGAAUAAAAUUGUCUAUUAAUGAUUUCAUCAUUAAAGCAUGUGCUUUAGGUUUAAGGCUUGUACCAGAUUUGAAUGCCAUCUACGACCCACAGACGGAAUCUCCGAUCUACUUGAGAUCAGUUGAUAUCAGUAUGGCAGUCGCAACUAACACUGGUCUAAUUACACCAAUUUUGCAUUCAACAGAUACACUGACAAUUUCAGAUAUCUCAAAGUUGUCAAAGCAGUUAGCCAAGAAAGCACGAGAUGGUCGAUUACAACCGAGUGAAUUUCAAGGCGGUAGUUUCACAAUCUCUAAUCUUGGAAUGUACGGUAUUCGAGAAUUCACUGCCAUCGUGAAUCUUCCACAAGUAGCUAUUCUAGCUGUUGGAACUGGUUUACCUGAAGCCAGUACCCCCAUCCCCACGCCACCAAUCGAUUCAAUGAAAGGAAUCAAUUUUUCAACGAAUAUAACACUGACAUUAUCAGUGGAUUCAAGAUGUGUGGGUGUGAAUACAGCAACAGAAACGUGUGCAGGUCGAUUCUUACGAUACGUGUCACAUCUGUUAACCGAGCAUCCUCAAUUAUUGAUUCACGAUGAUCCGAUCUGUGGAUUGCUGGAGAAGAAUAAGACGGACAUUCAAUCUUCUGAGCUGGACGAGUUUGAUACAAUGAUGCUUUCUAGAGAAGGUGUGACAGAAGAUUUGAUUUCAGUGAAGACAGUAUAAUUCCAAGCACACCCACCCCACUAGACCGCCCACCCCCACCCCUACCCCGCAGUUUAGUGUCAUCACAAAUUUAUAGUGUUCACUUGAGUAUUUUGAGUUUCAGUGUGUGUGUGUGUGUGUGUGUGAAGACAGUUCAUGUGUUGUUGUUGGUGGUGUGUGUGUGUUUAAUGCCUAUCACAAAUGUAAUUCCUCCUUCUCCUCCUCCUCAUCAUCAUCGUCAUCAUCAUCAUUUGAGAUGAUGAACAGCUUCUCUGAUUUUUCUUCAGUUUUGUUCUCCUUCGCUGUGCUUCGCUUUUUAUGACCAUCGGCAAUCAUGUGUAGUUUAUUUAUGAAAGAAAGUGUGUGAAUGGAUCUUUGAGAUGAUUUUUGUAGUUAAUUAUUUGAAUGUAUAUACACAUACAUACACAUUAUUGUUAUUAUUAUUAUUUCGAUAGAGAAAGAAAGACCAGAUUUGCAG